CCCAACACCUCUCUUCUUCCCUCCCGCUCCUCACAACAGGAACACACAAAACCAUUCAUCCAUCAUGACAUCCCCAGCCGAAAAAGCCCAAUCCCUAACUCCCUCCGCCAUCCACGCCGCAUACGCCCUCAUCCAACCCUACAUCCACCGCACCCCACUCCUAACCUGCAAAACCCUCGACACAAUCGCGUCAACCCCGCAGACACCCGAGGCUCUCGUGGGCACGCCAUUCGAGGGACAGACACCCGCAUGUCCUAAAUUCCAUUUCUUUUUCAAGUGUGAGAAUCUACAACGGAUUGGCGCGUUUAAGGCUCGUGGUGCUUUUCAUGCUUUGCUACGGUUGAUUGAGGAGCGUGGGGAGGAGGAGGUCAAGAGGCGUGGGGUUAUUACGCAUAGUUCUGGAAACCAUGCGCAAGCCCUCGCUCUCGCGGCCUCCACGCUCAAUGUUCCGGCUUAUAUCGUGAUGCCGCGCAUCAGCACUCCGUCCAAGAUUGCGGGGACUCGCUCGCACGGCGCAGAGGUGAUCUUCAGCGGGUCAACGAGUGUUGAGCGCGAGGCAGUUGUCGCAGAGAUCCAGGCCAAGACAAAUGCUAUCCUGGUGCCUCCGUAUGAUGACUUCAAUAUCAUCUGUGGACAGGGAACAACGGCGCUGGAACUGGAGGCCCAGUAUGCAGAGCAGCAAGCUGGGUCCAAGACCUUGAAUGCAGUCAUCACUCCAAUUGGCGGAGGUGGACUCAACGCUGGCGUCGCGACGUACUUCUCCGAUAAGCAGACCAAGGUGUUCGGGGCUGAGCCUAGCUUCGAGGGCGCGGAUGAUUGUCGUCGGGGUCUGUUGGCUGGCAAGCGUGUUGAGGCAGUGUCCACGCUGACCAUUGGGGAUGGUCUGCGGACACCGGUGGGAUUGUUGAACUGGGAGGUGAUCUCCAACAAGGAGAAGGUUGAGGGGGUUUAUGCGGUCACCGAGGAGCAGAUCAAGGCUGCGAUGCGCCUGGUGUUGGAACGCAUGAAGGUGUUUGUUGAGCCAAGUGCCGUUGUCGGUCUUGCUGUGUGUCUCUUCGAUGAGGAUUUCCGACGUCUCGUUGAACGAGAGGGCGGUGAUGAGGGAUGGGACAUGGCCAUUGUGUUCAGCGGUGGUAAUACCACCGUCGAGGCAAUCAGUAAGUUAUAUGGUUGAUAUGUUAUAGAAUAGACUCUCCUAGAAUUUUGAGAACAAUGUCAUACAGAG